CAAACAUCAUAACUGAUGCAGACAGAAAUCCCAGACAAAAAUGCAUUUUUUACAGGGCUUCAAACCGCAAGAACCUCUUAAAAUCAGGACGGCUGCAAUCUGGUGUAAACUCCCUGAAUCUGUGAUUCACGUGAUCAGCCAGAAGCGCCAUCCCAUAAAGGCGAAGCCUUGUGAGAUGAACACUGGAAGCAUGGGGCUGCUGUGGAUACCUGUCUUGAGCUCUCUGGUGUUUGUGAAAAUCUCCUGGACUCGACCAAUUGAUGGGAAUCAACAUCUCAAGCCUGAGGAUGUGGAGCUGGCUGAGAUCUACCUCAAGACAUUCUACGGUCUGAAGCAAACAGACAGAGGAGACCGAUUUCCACAGAGGAGGACUAGGUCUGUAUCAGCUAUGGAGAUGAAGAUCAGAGAAAUGCAAAACUUUUUUGGCCUCAGAGAAACUGGAGGUUUGGACUCUUCCACUCUGAGUGUCAUGAAGCUGCCCAGAUGUGGAGUUCCAGAUGUGGAGAACUUCGGUUUUUACCCCUUCAAGCCUAAGUGGAAGAAUCACAACGUCACAUACAAGAUUGCAAAAUACACUCCGGACAUGAGCAAAGAGGAUGUGGAAAAAGCUUUUCACUCAGCUCUGAAAAUGUGGAGGGAAGCAGCUCCGCUCAGGUUCACACAAGUCACCAGUGGGAGCGCUGAUAUUGUACUCACCUUUGCCCGAAAAAGUAAAUUUAAGCACAUUUCUAUGGCGCACCUGUUGGGUUGGUGUAUACAGUCAUUUCUAGUGUUACAAAGCCUCUCUCUCGCUGCUGCAGCUCACGGAGAUUUCUUCCCCUUUGAUGGACCUGGCGGUGUGCUCGCUCACGCCUUUCAGCCGGGAGAAAGAAUGGGGGGGGAUGUGCACUUUGAUGAAGAUGAGACGUGGACGGCAGGAAACCAAGGUUACAACCUGUUUGCUGUUGCAGCUCAUGAGAUCGGUCACUCGCUGGGCUUGUCUCACUCAAAAGACCGCAGCGCCAUCAUGUAUCCAAACUACCGGUAUCACAGCAGCACCCAGCACGCUCUGUCCAAAGAUGACAUGCUUGGGAUUCAAAUGCUCUAUGGAAAACCCAACCAAAAAGUGGAAAUUCAGUCAACUGCACCGCAAAAUUGUGAUCCUGACUUUUCUUUUGAUGCAGCUGCCAUUAUUGACGAUUCUAUAGUUCUGUUAAAAAACAGGCACAUGUGGAUGAGAACAAUAAACGGCUCUUACUGGAAUCAGCUGACCGAAGGCCUCAUCAAGACGUAUUUACCUGGAAUAAAUGAUCGUAUCGAUGCAGCUUAUGACAUUCCUUCCAAAGGAGAGGCGUACAUAUUCACCGGCCAAAAGUACUGGGUGGUUGAAAAACUAAAGUCAAGAAGCCGCGUUGGCUCUAUCCAGGAUUACGGCUUCCCCUCAAGAGUCACGCACAUUGACGCCGCCGUGCACAUCAGCGAACAAGGAAAAACUGUGUUCUUUACUGGACCGUUUUAUUACAGAUUUGAUGAGGUCAAGAGGCAGUUGGAAUAUAGCUACCCCAGACUCAUCCAGAGAAACUCGCGCGGACUUCCAAGACGAGUGGAUGCGGCUUUCAGGAUACACGGUAGCAUCUUUCUCCUGAGUGGGCCAAAAUCCUACCAGUAUGACUUGAAACAGAAACGGGUGGUGAAGAUUAUUCCUGGAAACUCCUGGCUGGGAUGCAGACUUAAAUAGUUGUAUUAACAGUGAACUUUUUGAGUAUAUUUUGAAGCUGCUAAUUAAGCUGAGCAUGAAUAUUGUCUUUGAAUGAAUACAUAGCUAAACAUUUCUUUUCAAAAUGUUUUUGUCAUUUCUGUGUCAAUAUUAUGUUGUUUUUUCUUCAAAACAUGUUUUCUUAAACAUUGUGUCUUAAAACAGGCCUUUCCAAUAAAUAAAAAAAACUGCCUUUUUCAAAGAGUGAAGUUCAAAAGCUGCACAAAGAGCAAGAAAAGGAUGUGGGGAAAAGUUUUUCUUUUUUCUUUUUCUUUUCCCAUGACUCUGUAGAACUGUGAAGAUGAUUUAAAAUACAUUUGUAUUUUUUUAUACACGUUGCACUGCAUCUCCAGGAAACCAUAAGCACCAACGGAUGAAAUCCAUGUGUUACUGCUUAUUCACAAUGUUACUGCUAUAUUAUGUGUUUAUCAACGUGUGAUUUUGGUCGUCCAUGUCGUUUUCCUUCUGUAUGCCUGGGAAACUGGAGAAAAUUGAGACCCAGUCUCUGCUUGAUGGCAUUCUAGUUAUUUUUAUCAACUAAAUCUUGUUUGUAAAUUUUCACACUCUUGAAUAAUGUCAUGGUGCCUCUGUCAGCUUUCCUCCCCCUCCCCUCUCUGCUUGGCUCCUGAUGAUUCCCAGCUGUGUCCACUCACCUCAUCAUGACCAGACCUACGUAAGGAGAUCCAGAACCAGUAUUCAUCGCCAGUGUGUUGCCCCUGAUGGGCAUUUUGACCACCAGUGGACAGCUGAGUCACCGGAUUACCUGAGCCACAGAACCUCUUGGAACACCAAGAACCUCCAGCCUCGCCUCGAGCCAUCGCUGACCUCCAGCCUCGCCACGAGCCAACUCCGACCACCAGCCUAGCCUCAAGCCAUAAAUACCUCAAGCUACUUCCAGCUACUUCACCCGCUGCUCUCCAGCCUCCAGCCACAUCAAGAACUCAAGCAACUCAGAAUAUCAUUAAAACUUGACUUACCAA